AUGAAUGAAUGCAAUAGCAGCAGCAGCAGCAGCAAAGGCGACGGCCGCGUCGCGUGUACAGGAGCGCAGCAGCAGCGCCACUCGCGAUUUGCCUGUUAAGUAGAGCCCAGACAAUUCGCAGUCGGCGCCCGCUUGUUACAGCCCUGUUAAUUGUUUAUAUGUAUGCAGUUCGAAUGCGAAUUUCGAUUUCGAUUGCGAUUCCCCCUGCGAACGCCUUGGUGACACAUCGCGCUCAACACUUGUAAUAGUUGUUGUUGCUUUCAGUGGUUGUCGUCUUUCAGACACACGCAAACACACACACACACACACACACACACACACAGAUACUGUGACUACAAUUGCCGCUGUUGCAAAAUUAAUAACGGAAGUUGUGCAUUUUAUUAAUAAAAGCGAAAAAUCACACACAGAGCGCAAAACCAAAAAAAAAAAAAAAACACAUUAAAAUCACAGCGCACAAAAUGCAUUCUGAACGUCAUCUUUUUUAGCUACUCUGCUUUAGCCGCUAUUCGUUGUUAUUGUCUGUGCUGCACUGUGGGCCCCCCUCAUUGAUUCUGAUUGGCUUUGUUUCAAAUUUUAGCAGUUUGCAGUGUUUUGUGCAUCAUCCCUAAACAAAAAGGCGCCUCGCAGAAACCUAAAUUCUAAAUCGACUAAAAUUCAUACAACCAGCCACCCACAUACAAACAAAUAAACAUACAAAAAAUACGCAUACGCACGCGUUUACAAAAGCAUUGAGAAAGUUUUCUAAUUUGUGAUUUUUCCAACUGAAUGCACCGAAUGUGGCAGAAAAUUGACCUCUAAGUGACCAAAAAAAAAAGAAAAAAAAAAACAAAAAAUACCAACGGAGAAGAAGGAUUCACGAUCCGAAGAGCUGACAUAAACAACUCUUUUAUAAGCACAUUGAUCGCGUCGGAUCGGAGCACAAGUACAGCCAGCACUUAAUACAGAGGAGCUACCCCACCCCGAUUCGACUUAGGAAACGUUCCGUCCAUGGUUGAGGCCCCAAAAGUCCGGUGAAAAUGGACAAAGGCCGUAAGAGGUUGCCACAACUUUCGCCCAAUUAGCAGCACAGGGAGCAGGAGCAAGCACCAAGAUUGGCGGAACGGCACUGUAAAUAUUUGCGAAUCUCCACACAGAGCUGCACAAAGCAAACAUUUGUUUGCAAUACAAUAGAAUCGAAGAGCAUUUAGGCCUAAGAAAUAGGAUUCGGCAACAAAGGGCACCGAGGAUCGAGCCCAUUAAGACACAGUACACAAAUAGACGGGCACGCAAGCGAACAGAGAAAGAAGCAAAAACGUUGAGGACGAAGGAAUCAAGGACACGGCACAAGUUCCUAUAAAUGACCGAGUCCACUCAGCUGCAAACGGCGGAGAACAACAACGCGGGCGUGGUCAAAAUGGAGCCACCGCCAUUGGCGACCUCCACUCACUCGCACACGCACUCCCUGGCGGCAACAGCGGCCGCCGGCGCCGGUACGGCGCUAUCGCCAGCAACGCCGCCACUGCCGCCGCUGGGCCAUUCACAGCAGCAUUAUGCGCUUAAAUGGAAUGACUUCCAGACGUCCAUACUCAGCUCCUUCCGGCAUCUGCGCGACGAGGAGGACUUUGUCGAUGUGACGCUCGCCUGCGAUGAGCGCUCCUUUACCGCUCACAAGGUGGUGCUCAGCGCCUGCAGCCCAUACUUUCGCAAGCUGCUCAAGGCCAAUCCUUGUGAGCAUCCCAUUGUCAUCUUGCGCGAUGUACGGAGCGAUGAUGUUGAGAACCUGCUAAGCUUCAUGUACAACGGCGAGGUAAAUGUGAGUCAUGAGCAGUUGCCCGACUUUCUGAAAACCGCGCAUCUGCUGCAGAUACGAGGCCUAGCGGAUGUCAAUGGUGGCUAUCCCUAUGCUAAGGCUCUAUCCACGGCCCUAAGCCACAACAACAAUAACAAUGCAGAAAGUAGCAAUCACAACAAAAUCAGCAACUAUUUGCCCACAGCGCUGGGCAAUUCCAACCUCAAUGCCAACAGCAGUAACAGCGCCAGUAACAACAACCACAGCCAGAGCUCGACCUUUAGCACCCCGCAAACGCCAGCCGCAGUGCCGGCGUCCAGUGCAGCCGCUGCCGCUGCAGCAGCCUCGCUGACAGCGGCCGUUGCCGCAGCAGCCGUCGCCACAGCAUCCAAUCUGCCGUUGAGUAGUGGGAGCAGCAGCAGCAUCAAUCAGGGCCAAGGACAGAGCCAGGGAGCAGCACAGAGCAGCAGCAACAGCAGCGGCACGCCCGCCAUUCAGGAGCUAAAGGCAUCCGCAGCGUCGCCCGUAAGAAACUCCAAUCCAAAUCCAAGCAAAGCCAGCAGCAAUCAUUGGGAUCUGAGCGAUAUGGAGGGCAGCCGGAAGAGUCAUCUGACACCGCCACCACAGAAACGCAUCAAGAGCGCUGACCUUUUCCGUGCGCAACAUGGCAUCAGUCCAGAGCGCCUGCUAAUAGAUCGUGACUUUCCCGUGGCGGGACAACAUCCGCUAACUCGCAAUCGCAGCCGUGAUACGUCUAAGGAUCGCGAUCGCAGCCUGGAGCUGCGAGAGUCGCUGCUUGGCCAGGCUCUGGAGAGCAGCAACGGACAGCAGGGUAAUCAGAAACAUGAUCUCGGCCAGAGCGCCGGCGAAGAUUCCAACAGCAGCGAUACGGAGCCCUCGGAUCGUGGGGAUGGCCAACACGACGGUACACUCGACGGCAUGGACAAUCAGCGCUCUCACUCCUUCCCAAACGCAUUCCUGGGACUGCAGGGCAUUCCCGGCCUGCUGCCAGGACCAUCCGGACUGGGUGGCAAUGAUUUUGUUUCGCGUCGUUCCUUGGAAAUGCGUGUCCGUGCUACAGAUCCGAGGCCAUGCCCGAAAUGUGGCAAAAUCUACCGCUCGGCACACACGCUGCGUACCCACCUGGAGGACAAGCACACCGUCUGUCCCGGCUAUCGUUGCGUGCUUUGUGGAACGGUGGCCAAGUCGCGUAACUCGCUGCACUCGCAUAUGUCUCGCCAGCAUCGCGGCAUUUCCACAAAGGAUCUGCCUGUGCUGCCUAUGCCCAGCGCCUUUGACCCAGAUCUCGCCUCGCGUCUGCUGGCCAAGGCUGGCGUUAAGAUUUCACCCGCUGAGCUGCGCGCCCGCGCCUCACCCACUGGUGGUAGCGGCAGCAGUGGCGGUGCUGGUAACGGCGGCAAUGGCUCACAAAAGCUAGACCUGAGCAAUGCCAGCGGCGGACCGCUGGACGAUGCUGACGACUCCGACGAUGACCCCGAAGAUCUGACCACCGGCAGUGUACUGUAUGGCAACAACGCCAAUGAUCUAAGCCGCUACCAUGAAAGUUUAUUAAGCAAUUUUGGACAUGCCAACACAACCAUUUCACGCAUGCGAAAUGAGGCUGCCGCGGCAGCAGCUGCAGCGGCCGCCUUGGGCCAACAAAAAGACCUGAACGCUGGAGCCGGUGGGGUUCAACUGCCCAACAACAGCAAUGCAGGCCAGUCGUUGCUAGACACCUAUCUGCAGUUCAUCACUGAGAAUACGUUCGGCAUGGGCAUGUCGCAGGAGCACGCAGCUGCAGCCGCACUGCAUGCCGCUAAAAUGGCACAGCUAAAUGCAAUGGGUCACAGCCUGGACAAAUUGCCGGCGGGCUUGCUGCCUGCUCAGUUUGAUCUGAGCAAGCUGGCGGGUGCUGGGGCAGCUGGCGGCUUUGCUCAGAGCGGUGGUGGACUGUCCAUUGAACCGAUUCUGAGACGCGACCAGCAGCAUCCGGCGAGCAGCCUCUCACCUGAUGCGAACGGAGCGAUAGCACUCGGCUCGGUGGGUCACAUGCACUCAAACUUGGUCGGUGCUGGUGGUGGCGGUGGCGGUGGCGGUGGCGAGCCGAAUGAUGUGGAUGUGGAUGCAGAGGCUGAGAUAAGACGCGAUGGCUCAGAACCAAUGGAUUUGGGCCUGGGUCUAGAAAACAAUCAGUCGGGCAGCAACAACGAGACAGCUAACUCGGAUGCCGAAGAGAAUUACUCAGAGGAUGAGGGCGUGCACCACACAUAAGCUAGAGGCAAUUCACACUUAACUAGGGGUUCGUUUAUAAGAGAGCAAAAGAUAUAACGAUAUAAUAUACGAUAAUACGAUAUUCGCAUGUCGUUUUGAAAAGUCGUCGUCAACAGUUGUAUACCCAGAAAAUGGAACAUUUGUAACGAGUAGCCUUAUCCUCAUGUAUACCAGUUUACGUGUACAAUACAUGCAUACUAUAGUUAUCUAGGACUAGAAACCAAUCAUGAAAUAAUAUCAUGUGCAGCGUUGAAAAAUUUUAGUAGAAUUUAUGUUGUUUUUAAAAAUCGAAAAAAAAAAAAUAAGCAAAAAAGAAAGGCAAAUACAACCUAUAUAACUACCUAAACCAAUACUCGUAUGUGAGUUGGAAUAGGACAAAAAGCAUGAAUACCUACAUACAUAUAAAUACAUACUUAUCCUAUAUACUAUAUACAUCUAUAUACACAUGUACCUGUUAUGUGUAUACAUGAAGUUUAGGAAUGCAAGAACCAAGAUAGAUUCAAAUCAUUGAAGAACUUAAACUCCAAAAUACCUAAAGCUAAACUUAAACCUAGACCUAGGCAUAUAAAUUAGUGUUAGCAAUUUGAAAUGAGUAACCAAUUCUGUAAAUAGUUUAUUAAAUGUAGUAAGAGAUACGCACCCGCAAUGUGGAUACAAAAAAAAAAAAAACAAAAACAACUAAGCAUUUAAACGGACUACACAAAUACUCCAAUUGAAUACUCUUUUAAAGGCUUUCUUGACACAACAACAAAUAUCCAUCUCAGUUUGAAAUCUCUAUAUGUGUGUUAUUGUGAACAACAAAGAAACAAUUCAGAUGUGCCAUGUCACAGUUAGAGCUUACUGACCUGACCAUUCAAGUCGCCAACAUAUAUUGAUAAUGCUAACCAUAUCUCAGGAAUACACGUGGAUGACAUUACGCGCUGCCGCAACAAAACAGCCGGAAAAAAACCAAACUACCUCAGCAAAAGAAUUGUGUAACCCAUGUACUCACUACUCGUAAUAUCUUCCAGUAAAAUAUAUAACUAUUUUCUGUAUGGCCGUACUUGCUUAUACAUAUAUAAAUUUCAAAGCAGAUAGAUCUGCCUAGUUUAAGGGCCUCCAUUGGGUUGGGUGCGAAAACUCAGCCAAUUCGAAUAUAGCAUAGCCGUAAGUGAGUCGAAAGAUUUCAUAAAUUCGCCAAGCAAAGUAAAUUGAUUAUUAUUUAACCACAACUGUGCGAAAGUAAAAAAUACACCAAAUUGAUAUGCAUCUACAUAUACAUACAUAAAUGCUUAGCUAUAAUUACAAGUGAAUUUCUUUGUUUUGGGCAAAAUGUAAUAGAAUCAAAUACCUCAGACAAACAUAACAGCCCCACUGCACAUCUAAAUUAAAAGGUUUCUUUCCACAUGCUUAAAAAUGGCGAACUUUCAUCUUCGUCAUGUCAAUAUGUCCGAUUUUUUGCAUGUACAUUCAGUUUGAGUAAUCCGCGUUUAUCUUAGGUUUAUUGUUAGUUUCAAAAUCUCUACAAGAGUUGAAACGAUGCCUUAUUACAACAUAGAUAUGUGUUAAUUUAGUAAUUUUCUACCUCAGUUAAUUUAAAUGUAAUUUACUUGCAUAUUAUUUAAGCGCGAAAUUUCGGGUAUAUAUUGUCCUAAUUUAAUUGUGUUUAUUGAACAAAACUUCGGAGACAAUUCAUCACGAGUCAUCUAACAUUCAUGAAUAUGAAAAUGCGUAGAAAUAUAUGUUACUUAUAAAUAAAUAAAUAUUGUAAGUAAUGACAUGUAUAUGUUAAAUUUGUUUAUUAUCUUCCUGUUUCGCAAUGUGAUGCCUAUGUUUCAUUUGAAAACAUUUAUUAACGUCAAGUGCUUUUAUUUUGCUUCAUUUAAACAGUGCAACAGAGUGCAAUUUUUGCAUUUGUAUAAUUCGAAUAAGAAUUUAUGGCAACUCACACAUACACACACACACACACACACACACAAUGCAGUUAAGUCGCUAGAAUAAAAUGAGUUAGAUAAAUACAAGUUACAUAAGCAAUUUAAGUAGAGAUCCAUGUGCUUAGAAGGUUAUUAAUAUUUAUUAAAAUUACAAUAAAUCUGCGUUAUAAAGAACAA